AUGGAAGAAGGACAUAUUGCAUCGAUAUGUCGAGAGAUUUUAUAUGCACUUGAAUUUCUACACGCCAAUCGUGUUAUUCAUCGUGAUAUCAAAUCAGAUAAUAUUCUACUUGGUAUGGAUGGAUCUGUAAAAUUGACAGAUUUUGGUUUCUGUGCACAAUUAAGUCAUGAUGGAACAAAACGCUCAACUAUGGUUGGUACACCGUAUUGGAUGGCACCAGAAGUUGUUUUACGUAAACAAUAUGGUCCAAAAGUUGAUAUAUGGUCAUUAGGGAUUAUGGCUAUUGAAAUGGUUGAUGGGGAACCACCUUAUUUAAAUGAAAAUCCUGUUCGAGCUCUUUAUCUAAUCGCUACUAAUGGUAAACCAGAAAUUAAAGAACGCGAUCGUCUGUCAAGUACAUUUCUUAACUUUCUUGAUCGUUGCUUAGAAGUUGAUGUUGAACAAAGAGCUACAGCUAUUGAAUUAUUACAACAUCCAUUCAUCCUCCGAUGUGCUAAACCCUUGAGUUCAUUAGUUCCAUUGAUUAAUUUGGCCAGAGAACAAAAAUAA